ACCAGCGUCCUCUCUCGCAGAUGGCGCCACGUUUGGAAGGAUCUCCAAGUCAUUGACAUAGAUGAUAGACACUUUCGGGAUGAAGAUCCAUUUGAUUCUUACGUCAAUGCUAUUCUAACUCAGCGCAAUGCAGAUUACUCCAUCGAAAAGUUCCGCCUUAAUUGCGAAACGAAUUCAACGGAUCUCAUCUUAACAUGGCUUGAUGCCGUCAUUUGGCCCCCAUCUCCAGGAACUAUAUCUCAACCUUCAUGUAAAUGGAAGGUUUGGACUCAAGUUGCCUGAAGCCAUAUUCACUUGUCCAUUACUCAAGUCCCUUGUUUUGAAACGUGAAAUUUCUUUGAAUUGUGGUCGAGAGUUUCCAAAUGUUUAUCUUCCAUCCCUCAAGAACCUAAAGCUAAAGUUGUUUAUCCCCUAUGUGCACCCCAACAAGCUUUUAUCUGGCUGCCCUGUUCUUGAAAAUCUUACGCUCUUUCUCGCGAACAAUACCCCAGAUGCUCGUAAUGUUUAUGUACCUACAAUCCAGAUGCCUCGGACAUUGAAAAGUUUAACCUUUGAAGAUGACACUAUCGUGCUUGAUGAGAUUUACCAUCGUGUGAUAGACACGCCUUCUCUUGAAUACCUCAAUAUCAAAAUAACCAUCCCAAAGAACUCAGAGCUACAGGUUUCGUUUAGCAGUUUCCCUAACAUGGUGGAGGCACAUCUUGAUAUUGAUAAUGCACGUGUUGAGCAUGGCGCUUGGGUGCCCGACCUUCUCCGGGCACUCCGCGAAACAAAAUUGUUGGCAUUGAGAUAUUACACAACACGGUGCUUAUUUAGUGCUCCAGCUUUCGAGUUUCCAGAAUUUCACCGCUUGGUCAAUCUAGAGGUUGAUGUUCCAUGUUUCAACACAAACUUCAUGCUAAACUUCCUUCAUAAUUGUCAUGUACUUGAAGGUCUUGUAGUUGGUAUUUGGCCGGGAUUUGAUUCUUACACGAUGGAGUAUCAUGGGCCAACACCACCAACCAUGGUUCCCAAUUGUGUGACAUCACAUCUCAAGAGUGUUGAGUUUAGAGCAUAUGAGGACACUGCAGAUGAGCGUGAAUUUAUUGUAUAUCUUUUACAAAAAGGACUUGUUUUGAAGACAGUGACAAUUUCUAUUGAACCUGAUUUCGAUCAAGAGACAAAGUACGAAUUUGUCAGGGAAUUAUAUGCUGAAUUAUAUGCUAUACCAAGGGGCUCUACAACAUGUCAGCUAAAUAUUUGGCCAUAAUUCCAUUUAACAUGGUUAUGGCAAGUUAAAAACUCUACACUCUGAUCAACUGCAGAACGAUUUUGGAUGCAUGGAUCAUGUUUUUAUUUUUCACUUUUUUGUAGUCUUUUUU